CCGAUUGAUGAUUGAAGAAAAAUCAUCAUCAUAAUUAAUUAUUUACAAAUGAUCACUGAUUCUCACCUCCUCCCCUUGUAAUUUAGUGUCUCAUUAUAUCCAUUUUUUUAACCAAAAAAAAUUGGCCUGGCUACACCAACAUCAAUAUCACCUUCUCUAUCCCUCCAUCGAAGAGAUUCAUAAGCACACAAAAGAAAGAGAGAAAGGGAAAGAAUUCUCCUCCUGAUCCGUCGUCGACGUUUCGUCGUUGUGACGAUUCUACUAUGUCCCAGCUGGAUUACCACCAUGAUCAGGUCGCCGACGGAGAUGGAGGAGGAGGAGGUUUUUUCUCUUUCUCCGCUUCCAACGGGUUCGACAGAGUUCAGCAACAACAGCAACAUAUAGCGCAGCAGAUGAUGAGGAGGGAUAAGCUUAGAGUUCAAGCUGAAUAUCCUCCUCCUCCGCCGUCGCUAGAUGAGGAAGAAUCCGCCACGGCGGAUGGCGGUUUUCAUCAUCACCGCCACCUUCAACAACCGCAGCAGCAGCAGGUGUGCGAAACGACGGGAAUGUUAUUCGAGAUGUUCAAUUUCUCUCCCACCGGCGGACCGCCCGUCGUCCCCACCUCUGUCCACUUGCUAGACCACCACCAUGAUCACGAUAAUCAGACCGAUUUCCACCACCAGAUAAUUCCGUCGACGAUUUAUGCGGAUUCGGCGGCGGCACAGCUCUUCCUCUCCAAUCCGCCGCCGCGAUCAAUACCAUCUCCACCCCAACACCCGAUCACACGAUUCUCGUGGGUCCCGGACUCCGAAAUUGGCGGCAGGGUGGAAGCUAGUCAGGGCCGCCUCAACCGGGACUAGAUAGUGUGACAACACCCCUUGUGUUGUUAUUAUAACAGCACUAGCCUCCAACCAAUAGGAAUCUAGAAUUGUGAUGACUUUUUAUUAGAUGAGUUGACCUAGUGUAAAAUCAAAGCAGGGGUAUAAUUGUCAUUAUGAAAAAUCUGUUUAAAUAAUAAAAAAAUAAAAAAAAUAUUUUUAUUUUCUGCCAAAAAAUUUGGUCGCCGGAAUUCUGCCACCGGUCGCCGGAAACUGGUCGUCGGUCACCGGAAUAUGCUUUUUUGUUGCCGGAAUAUGCUAUUUUGUCAUCGGAAUAUGCUCAUCGUCGCGGAAUAUGCUUACCGGCGUCGGAAUAUGCUUACCGGCAUCGGAAUCUAGACACCGGGGCCGGAAUAUGCUUAUCGGCGCCGGAAUCCGGUCACUGACGGUCAUCGGAGUUUGGUCAACGAACUUUGUUGACCGGUCAACGGUCUUCGUUGACCGGUCAACGGCGAACGACCACCGGAUGUUAUGGUCUGCAUUGUGAGAUUUAUGGUUUGGUUUCUCAUAUUUUUGUAUGUCUUUUGUGGUUUGCUUUAUCGUGUUUGUGGUUUGCAUUAAGAAGUUUCUGGUUUGCUUUAUCAUGUUUGUGGUUUGCAUUGAGAAGCUUCUGGUUUGUUUUCAAAAAUUUUGUGGUUUGCAUUGAGGGGUUUCUGGUUUGUUUUAAUAUAUUUGUGAUCUGCAUUAGGACGUUUAUGGUUUGCUUUCAAAAAUUUUGUGGUUUGCAUUGUGAGGUUUCGGGUUUAUUUUAAUAUAUUUGUGGUUUGCAUUAGAAGGUUUCUGGUUUGUUUUUUUGUGGUUUGCUUUUCCGUGUUUGUGGUUUGCAUUAGGGUGUUUCUGGUGUGCUUUUCAAAAUAUUUAUGGUUUGCUUUGUGAAAUUUCUGGUUUGUUUUAGGAGACUUGUGUUUGUUUUAGGAGGUUUCUAGUAUGCUUUUUUGUGGUUAGUUAUAUCGCAUUUGUGGUUUGCAUUAGGAGGUUUUUGGUGUGUUUUAGAAAUAGUUGUGGUUUGCUUUGUGGUGUUUCUAGUAUGUUUUAGGCGAUUUGUAGUCUGGAUUAUGAGGUUUCUGGUGUGCUUUAUAAACAUUUGUGAUGUGC